AUGACAACAGCAAAUAUUUUGGUUCUGGGAUCAGAGGGUACAGGUAAAUCUCUUCUUUUAAAAAGAUUAAAAGCUCUAAGUAUGGAUCCUGAUGUUGUGUUUGAUGAUAUCCCGUCAACUAUUCAAACAGUUGGUAGCAACUUGGUUAAAAUACACAUUAGUAAACAAGAUUAUGAGUUGCGAGAAGUUGGUGGAGUAAUGGCACCUAUUUGGAAAAAUUAUUAUAAUAGCGCUUGUGGUGUUAUAUUUGUAAUUGAUGUUUCUAAUCAAUUCCAGUUAUCUGCAUCGUGUAUACUUCUAUUAAGUGUUUUGUCUGAAGAACUUUUGAAAAAUAAACCAUUGUUAAUAUUAUUGAAUAAGAUAGAUAUGGAGUUAACAUUCUCUUUGGUAGAAAUUGAAAAAAUUUUACGAAUCAAAGAAAUUAAAAAGUAUGCCAAUGUAAGUGUUAUUGAAUGCAGUUGUGUUAAAAAUGUGGGCUUGAGAGAUAUAGAAAAAUGGUUGUCUACAGUUAAAUGA